AUGCCACCAUCAAUUAAAUAUGGACAGGUGAUUGAGUUCAUCCCAGACCGUUUGUACCUAGCAUCAUACACUACACCACCCUCUGCCGACACUCUUUUCCCGUAUCCAGAAUCAAUAUCCACUAGACGCUACACAAGCAAAAGAUCCACGAAAGCAAUUGAUGGUCCAUCUGUAAUUCAAACGGCCUCAAAUCGCACACCGCCAUGCUAUUUCACAGUAGACGACACACUUUUCUACAAUGCUUUUCACCAUGAUUUUGGUCCGUUGAACAUUGGGCAUCUAUAUCGAUUUGCGGUCAUGUUCCACGAUAUUUUAGGUGCACCAGAAAAUAAAAGUCGUCCAGUUGUUUUUUGGAGUAAGCCAGACGCCCGAAGUCGAGCAAAUGCGGCUUGUCUAUUGGCUUCAUAUAUGGUCCUCAUCCAGUCCUGGGCCCCCCAUUUGGCACUUGCGCCCAUUUCUCAAGUCGAUCCACCCCUAAUGCCUUUUCGCGACGCUGGUUAUAGCCAAGCAGACUAUGGAAUUACUGUACAAGACGUUGUGUAUGGCGUAUGGCGGGCAAAAGACCAAGGAUUUUGUGCCUUGCCUCAGUUUGACUUGGAAGAGUACGAAAAAUAUGAACGAGUAGACCAAGGAGAUUUCAACUGGCUUACGCCUGAUUUCAUAGCAUUUGCUUCGCCCCAACAUUCGCCUGUUGCUCCUAUAUUAAGAUCCUCCCCUCUCUAUGCAUCAUUACCGAAAACGAUCGAAGAUAUUGACAUUCACCCAAGCCUUCCAGGUCCAUUUAAAAAUAUUCUUAAACACUUCACAUCAAGAAACAUAGGGUUAGUAGUACGGCUCAAUUCGGAACUUUAUUCACCAUCUUAUUUCACAGCUCUUGGAAUAGAUCAUUUGGACAUGAUUUUCGACGAUGGAACCUGUCCCACCCUCAAAACUGUACGAAAGUUUAUCACACUAGCUCACGAAACUAUAACCGUCAAAAAGAGAGGCAUUGCAGUACAUUGUAAGGCUGGACUUGGAAGGACUGGAUGUUUAAUUGGAGCAUAUCUUAUCUACCGCUAUGGGUUUCCCGCAAACGAAAUUAUUGCCUUCAUGCGGUUCAUGAGACCAGGAAUGGUUGUUGGCCCGCAACAACAUUGGCUUCACAUUAAUCAGGCCAUCUUUCGUGAAUGGUGGCUCGAAGAACAAUUCGAAAUGAAAAUAAAGGAAAAAUACCCCACCCCGACACCAUCAACGCCAUCCAAGCUCAAUACAAAGACUUCGGAGCUGAGUGCCCAAAUCGUCACACCACCUAAUGGCAGUACGCGAUCACCUCUCGGAGAAGUUGACCACAGCCAGAGAAAUAGCAUUGGGGUCCAAGAAGAUUGUCUCCCAGCACCAACACCAGGACAACCACGAAAGACCAGUAGAGGCAACGAACGCCACCAUCCGUACUCCCGAAAUGUUUCUUCCCACACAUCCAAUGAUGAUAGCCAAGUUGUUCAGCACGAGACUGAGACUAUCUCAAUACAUCGAUCUUCAUCGGAUGAUUCAGAUACAAAGGAUGAGAUUCAAUUCCGUAUGCGAUCAAGCCGCAAAAUUGCCUGUUCUCCUGGUGUCCGGAGCACUAGUCAAACAACUACAACUAUGUACUCCUCGAUUGACCAUGACAGUAGUAACGACAUCGAAAAUUUGGGAAAUGUGUCACGUUUAAAAAACCUAAACGCAGUGAAGUCAGCGACCUAUUCGAGUCCACUUAGUAAGGUUAGAGGAAGCUCAAAGAGGGUGGGCGAGGUACUUAGAAGUGGAAAAGACAGUCCCGGUAUUAGGAAAUCAAGUGGCAAGCUGGGAAGCGUGAACACACCUUCACGGAAGGUUCCAGGGUACUAA